AUGUAAGAUAAUAAGACUAGAAAUCGAGACAAAAGAGCAAUGAUGAUUGGAACCAAUUCUAAAAAAAUAUAAGGCAAAUAAAUUAAAUUAUCUGAACACCAUCUCUAUGAAAAUAAGGAUAGAUUACAAUACUUGCUAUAAAAAGAAGAAGACUUUUUGGCCUAACAGAAAACACAGAAAAAAGCUAAUGAAAAUGAUGAAAAUGUUGAUUUUGGGGGUCUCACCUAAGAUGAACGUUAAGAAUAGAAAAGAUUAUUGGAAACUGGCUUUAAGAAUUGGAAUAAAUAAGAAUUUUAAGAUUUCAUUACUGCAAAUGAAAAAUAUGGUAAGGAUGCUUAUGAAAAAAUCCAAGAAGUUAUCAAAACAAAAUCCUAAGAUGAAGUAAAAGCCUAUGCUCAAGCUUUUUGGGAGAGAAUCGAUGGGUUGAGUGAAAAAGAUAAGAUAGUCAAGUAAAUUGAAAGAGGCCAAAAGCUAAUUGAGUAAAAAACAAAUGGAUAAAAAUUAAUCGAAGAGAAAUGCAAACAUUUUCAUCAACCAAAAUAUGAAUUGGUCUUUACACCAUAACUGUAUAAUAAGUUCAAAAGUAAGUAUUUCAGUUUAGAAAAUGAUAAAUUCUUGAUCUAUAUGACUAAUGAAGUUGGAUAUGGCAAUUGGGCCUAGCUUAAAUAAUCUAUUAGAAAAGAACCUAUGUUUCGAUUUGAUCAUGCCUUUAAGUGCAAAAGUGAAAAUGAACUCAAAAACAGAGUUAUUUCCCUUGUCAAAGUACUGGAUAAAGAGAAGGAGAAUAAUUCGAUGGGAAGAUCUCUAGUCAAGAACACUUAUAUUGAAAAACCUAAGGUAUUGUAGGAAUCUCAGAAGAAGAAAGCAAAAAAUGACGAGGAAGAUGUACAAGAUGGAUCUGAGUCUGUUAAGAAAGUGAAAGUAUGAUAUAUGUAUAUUUUAAUAUAUAUAUUAAUAAAUUAAAAUAAA